UGUGGUUUUGUAUUAAAAACGUUCAGCAUCCGAGGCGGAGAAGUACUUCGAAAACACGUACGAGAGUAAUUUCAGAGAAAUGAGAAGCAAAAACGAAUGAACAGGGGGGAGAAUGAGAGUGGGGAGAGAGAGAAAGCAAGAGAGAAAAAGAGAGAUAGAGGCUGAUCUGAUGAGGGGAGGAGAGAGAGUUGAAACAAUGAGAAGGAAAUGAUCAGCGAGCUGCAGCAGUAUCUGUGAGCCUGCAGAAAUCUGCACACUGUCUGGAUCUCAUUAAAGGUGGGCGUGUGGAUCUCCUGACCCAGAGCUCCCCCACCCCACCUCCCACUCCACCCCUCCGCCUACUCCCCCAGCUCCAGAGCCGCUGGAGGGACCAUGGACGGACUGCGCCUACCACCACUCAUCGAGGAGGCGCUCGACUCCACAGAUGAAAGCAGCGAUCUGAAACCAGACGAGGCCAUCAUGAGCAGUGAGAUCACCGCCAAGGAGCGGGACGUGCUGGAGGAGAACAACGAGAAGGAGCAGAUGGAAAAGGAGGUUAAGGAGGAGAAGGCCGGCAAGGAGGAGGAGGACGAGGAGCCCCUCUCCCAGGAGCAGGAGCUGGAGGAGCUGCGGGCCCAAGUGCUGCAGCUGCUCCUGGAGCUGGAGGAGACGCGCGACACCUCCCAGAAGCACCAGGAGAGCUUCCAGGAGCUGCAGGGCCUAUUAGAGGAUGAACGCCUGGCCAGUGCCCACCAGGCUGAAGCCUUCACUCGCCAGAUACAGCGACUCCAAGCCCAGCUGCGCUCGGUGCAGGAGGAGAUGGACAGCCUGGAGGAGGAGAAGGAGAGCGAGCUGAGGGAGGCGCAGGAGGAGCUGCACGCCGCCCAGGAGGAGGUGGUGUUGCUGCAGCAGGCGGCCGAGGACGCGGCGGCCGAGCGCGAGAACGACAUCGCCAGCCUCCAGGAGGAGAUGUGUCGCCUGCGCGCCCAGCUGCAGCGGCUGCAGGACACGGCGCAGGAGUACGAGCUGGAGAUCACCACGCUGCGCGCCGAGAUCGCCAUGAAGAGCCAGCGCCGCGAUGAGGAGCGCCGCGAGGGUGGCGUAUGCCAGCUGAGGGAGGAAUGCAUGACGCUGAAGGAGGAGUGUCAGACCCUGAAGGACGACAACAGACGACUGUCCGAACGACUGCACCUGCUCCAGAGGAUGGGAAGCAGCUCUGGUAGUGUGUACAUGACCCUGAAGGAGGAACUGGAGGACGGGACGUCUCCAGACGGAGGCGUCUCCUCGCAAUCGUCCGGCACCAACUGCCGGCUGGUGGACGCCUCCAUCCAGAAGAACAUCUCCUUCGACGGCAAGCCUGUCACACCCACUGCCUGGACAGGGGGGAUCUCCGAGAUCUUCUCCCUCAGGGACCAGCUCAAACAAGCGGAGGAGAGGGCCUCACAAGCACAGAGAGAUUGUGACAGUCUGAAGAUGGAGCUGCGAGAGCUGCAGAUGCUGUAUGACACCAGCCAGCGGGAGCGGGCCGAGCUGGAACUGGAGCUACUGCGCUGCAGAGAGGAGCUGGACCGCCUGGCCGAGAAAGGCCUGCAGAUCUCCUCUCUCUCAUCUGAGCCCCCUCUUCUCUCUGUGCCUUUCGUAGGAAUGAUUGUCAUAGUGGCCACCCUCUGGUGCUGGUGGUCCGAGCUGUCAUCUUAGAAGAUGAAAGGUGCGAAUGUGGAGGAAUGUGGAGCCUGGUCUGGGCCUGUGGUCACAGCAGCGGUGGCAGCUAUGGUACUGCUCUCGUCCAGCCACACAAGAUUUACAUCCCGAUGAUAUUAUUGGCACUGCCUGUGAGGCGACGCUGCAACUAAAACCUUGUUAAAAAAAAAAGAUUUUUUUCUUUCUUUUUUCCCUUGUUUGGAUCACCACCACCACCACCACCACGUUUUGCUGGAACCUACAGUACCCACGGCUUUCCUCUAUGAGACUUUCUAAUAUGGAGAUAUAUUGAGGAGGGCAUUUUUGGAAGAUUUCUGAACCAAAGCAGAUGGAUUUGAAAGACGUAUGAAGGAGACCUGGCCAGGUGUGGUUUGGGCAAUAAUGUCUGUGUUAUCCCUCUGAGGGGGGUGACUGCAGUGUCCAGCAGGAGGAGAACAGCCCGCUCCUUUGUGUAUUACUGGUCAGACUUUACUGUCUACUUUCUCUCUCCCUUGAUAUUCCUUUCCUUCUUCAUGUCCUUUGUAAUUCUGUGGUAGCCUAUAAUCUACAGCUUUAGAAGCUUUAGAUAUAGAUAUAUCUUUAAUUUAUUCAGCUAUUUAAUUUCCUUUGUAUAUAGUAAGUCUGUUUUUGUGUUGAUAUUGUGUACUUAAUAGAGACUCAAUGAUGAAUUGUCAUUGUUAGCAAGCUGAU